AAAAAAAAAAAAAAAAAAAAAAAAAAAAAAUAUGUCCAUUUGUCCCAGUCUCAACAAUAUGGACUGUUCAUGCACAAAAUGCAAUCUUAAACUUGAGGGGUACCUAUAGAACACUAUCAUAUGUACAGUAUAUUAUAUGUGAUAUAUAUAUUUUUACAUAUUUUCUCAUGGCUAAAGUACUUUUCAGAUCCUAAGGUACAUCUAUGCCACAUUUGGUGUGUUUACAACAAAAUGCACAAUUUUCUUAAUAACCAGCUCCCCUAUACUGACUGGUUUUCUGAGUCUCCAGACCCCUGCAAUAAAACAAAAUGGCAUGUCUCAAAGUGGUCUUCUAAUUUGGCUAGUCUAAGGGAACUUCUUGAAUCCAGCAUAUAACUGCAGGUUGUAAGAUAUUGACAGGGAAAGCAAUCAUGGAGCGCCACAACCAAGUCUCUGGAAUAAUAUAUACAGAAACAUGUAUGCAGAAUAUGAACUGGAAACCCCAAGUUCAAAAUGGGAACACCUCCUAAAGUGGUAGAGAAUGAGAGAGCAAAGAUCCUGUGGGACUUCCAGAUCCAGACUGACAGGAUGGGAAUGGCGAACCAACCAGAUAUUGUAGUGGUGGAUAAAGAACAGAGGAAAGCCGUUGUGGUGGAUGUGGCAGUUCCAAGUGAUUAAUAAAAAACAUCCACAAGAAGGAACAUGAGAGGAGAGAAAUGCCAGAGGCUCAGGAAAGAACUGGAGAAAGCCUGGAAGGUGAAGGGGAUAGUGGUGCCCGUGGUAAUCAGAGCACUCGGGGAAGUAACCCCUAAAUUACAAAAGUGGCUACAGGAGAUUCCCCUCUUUGGUCUUUUGUAACACAGCAAUUAAAUGACCACCCUUCUUCCCUCUAUUCUGCCUUCUGAGUGGGACAUUAUGAAUCAUUUUGCUUUUGCUCUCCCGUCACACACAACUGCAGCAAAAGGACUGGAGUUUGCCAGGUACCAGUCAGCAGGCACUAAACCCAGAAAUAACUGGCACAAGUGUUUGAGUGAGUGUGUGUGUGUGUAUGUGCCAUGGAUGAGUAAAGCCACUUGAUCUCUUUGCAUGCAACCAUUCCGGGUUGUGGGAGACGCAUGAGGAACAGGAGUGAUUAUGGGAAGUGAUGUGCUCACAUACAUUAGUAUGUAACCCGUGAACAGCAUGUGUCGGCGCAGAGUGGAGUGUUGUUCUUCUGAAUGAGCAGAUCAUGACAUGUCUUCAGUGUAGCGUUUGUGCCAGAAUGCCUAUGAUGGAAGCCUUCAGAGCUCCUAGAGGUUCUAGGGAGCACGUGACCCCGGAAAUGAACAAGCUUCGGCAGAGUCUGAGGAGGAAGAAGCCUACCUACAUGCCAGAGGCCAGCAGACCGCAUCAGUGGCAGGCAGACGAGGAGGCUGUGCGAAAGGGCAAAUGCAACUUUGCUGUUCGGUAUCUAGGCUUGGUGGAGGUGGAGGAGUCCAGAGGGAUGCACGUCUGUGAGGAGGCAGUGAAAAAGCUGAAAAUAAGCGGCAAAAAGACGGUGAAAGCAGUGCUGUGGGUGUCAGCUGAUGGACUCAGGGUAGUGGACGAUAAAACCAAGGACCUCAUUGUGGAUCAGACUAUAGAGAAGGUUUCAUUCUGCGCUCCUGACCGGAACUACGACAAGGCCUUCUCCUAUAUAUGCAGAGAUGGAACCACCAGACGCUGGAUGUGCCACUGCUUCAUGGCUCUGAAGGACUCUGGGGAGCGGCUGAGCCACGCGGUGGGCUGUGCUUUUGCCGCCUGCUUGGAGAGGAAGCAGCGGCGGGAAAAGGAAUGUGGCGUAACGGCUUCGUUCGACGCCAGCCGCACUUCGUUUGUGCGCGAAGGCUCGUUCCGCGUGAACUCUUCCUCCAGCCACCAGGGCAGCAGCAGCAGCGAAAGGGACGACAAGCUGCAGGAGAAGAAGAAAGAUCAGCCCUGUGUUGUUCCCGCCCUUCCACCUGGUGCUGCCUCCCCACCUGAGGGUGCAGCGUCCCCCAUGGAGCGGCCAGAGCCGGGUGGCCCCCACGCCAUCCCCCGCCGCCACGCACCCAUUGAGCAGUUGGUGCGCCAAGGAUCUUUCCGGGGAUUUCCAGCUCUGAGCCAGAAGAACUCUCCCUUCAAGAGGCAGCUGUCGCUCCGCCUCAACGACCUGCCCUCCACGUUGCAGCGCAAGACGGACUUCCAGGCCGAGGACCCUGACAUGGAGAUGGCGUUGCCGGGUGAGGGGGACAGCAGCAUCAACGCCCUGUGCUGCCAGAUCAAUGCCUCUUUCACCAAGCCUUCAGAUGAGCUGUUUUCCAACCCUGCUGGGUCAAUGUAUGCCCCCCCAGCCUGCACUGUGCCCCCCGCUCUGCCCCCACCACCCGCCCCCCUGCAAGCCUCCUCCCUUUGGGCUCAUCCAGAGCCCCCCCUCCAGUCGCCCCCUCCAGUUUCAGUUGCGAUGCAGAGUGGCCAUAGACGCACCCCUUCAGAGGCCGAGAGAUGGCUGGAGGAGGUCUCGAAGGCUGUCAAAGCCCAGCAGACGCCUCCUCCCGGCCCCGCCAUCCCCACCAUCCCCGGCCCGUAUUCCACCGCCAGUCUGCAGAUUUCCACGCCAGCCCCAGUGUCCGCUGCUACUGUGUCCACUGUUUCCAUGCCCUCGGCCGUUCUGUCCAAACCUCUGGUCUCUGGCUCGUCUGCUCUUUCAGGGCAACCCUCUAUACCCCUCCCACCCAUGUCCAUUUCAUCUGUUCCUUUGAUACCAGGUCCUCCAGUGUCAGGCCCCCCUAUGUCCCUUCCCUCAAUGUCAAUCCCUACCAUGUCAGCACCAAGUAUGUCUGGAGCUUCCAUGAUGCAGCCCUCCCUUCCUGGACCCCCAGGUUCCCUCCCAAGCUCCAUGCAACCAUUUCCCCUGGCUUAUGAUUCCACUCCAGCUCCUGUUGGGAUUUUUGCCGGCCCACCUGUCCAACCUUCGUUUGUUCCAGUGCAGACCUACAUGCCAGGUCUGGCCAGCAGCAUGACCUAUCCCAACCCCAGUGUGCCUGUAGUGGGCAUCACGCCAUCACAGAUGGUAGCCAACGUCUUCUGCACCGCCACAGGAUCUUCAGGAACAGGUGGCGCCAUGGGUUCCACUGUUGGAGCAUCAAAAGUGGGGGCGCUGGGGUCAGUUGGGCAGCAUCAUUCCUACCCAGGAGCACCUGGUGUGGUCAGCCACUCUGCUGGGUUUCCCUCUGCCGCUUUUCCUUGCACACCGUCACUGUCCUCCACCCUCAAUGGUCAGCCACCACACAGCAGUGCAUCCAUGGGCCUCCAGAAUGGGACCUGCAGCAGCGCUGGAAAUGGGGGCAGUAGCAGCUGGCCACCAGAGGGCAGCCACCUAACAGCUGCAACAACCAGUGACCUUCAAGACGACGACCGCUUUGAAGCCAAGUGGGCAGCCCUGGAGACUAAGCCAGGCGCUCAGGAGCCAGGGAACAAGACGCCACCUUCCACGGCAAACCCAUUUUCCAACAAUCUGCAAAAGACCUUUGAGAUUGAACUCUGAAAUUCAGCCCAACAACAUUGUAGCAGCCAUUCUGGAGCUAAAGGAGCAGUUUCCCUAAAAAAGGAGUUGGGUUAAUCAUCCAGUCUGUGGCAGCCCAGAAAUCUGCUGAAAGCGUUGGUGGAAGUCACCUGAUGGCUUUGCUCCUGUUUCCUUCUGCGAUGGAGAAGAACUUAGCAGUUUGCUGGGUUGUAAUCAGAGCAUGAGGGUCUGCCUCUGAACUCAAUGGAAUACAUCUUUCCACUCCACCCACCACCUGCCUCUCCCCCCACCCUUGCUCACCUUUUUCUGUUAUAGCUUCCUAAUGCUCUGCAUGUGUCCCCUCUGGAAAGGGGAGACUGAAGGCUUCUUCUUUGAGCAGGGACAGUGCUUUACAUGCAUUCCAGUUCUAAAUGAAAGUUCUGGAAGCCCUUUUUGGAUCUUCUUAGCAGACGUGUCUCCAGAACAAGAAGAAGGAGGACCAGUGAACAAAAAGAUUCUGAUCAAAGUGAAGCACAGCAGAGUUCAGAUAGCUGUAAAGAGAUGUAUGGCCUAAACUCUUUUAUUUAUUGCAUUUUAUUUUGAGGAUUUGUUCCUAAAGCUCUGAACUUUGAAGCAUUGUUUCUUGAGCAUGUCUCUAUUUUGUUUAAACUCCCUCAUAUUUAUUCUAUUGAAUGGAAGGAUGAGGACGGGGGCCGCCAGAAACGGAGGGAGAUCAGGAGCAACCGAACAGCAGAAAGGUGGCGGGACUGUGGGACUUUGUGAGGCCUUCAGCGGCGCUGUGUGCUGGGACACAUCAGUGACCAAAGCAGCAUGUUGCUUCCCGCUGUUGGUCGCCAUAUCCACCUUAUAUUUCUGCCGAAACACCAGAGUGGCCGAGGCAUCCCCGUUUUUGGACGCUAAUGCAUGACGGUUUGCUGGAGUCUCUUCAGGAUGGCCUGCACACAGACACUAAAGCACAGAAACCUGCAACUCAGAGGAAAAUGGCUCUACAACACUGUGCAACUGGUUCCUAAACAAUGCACCACAUUCCUGCAUCUCCAAAAGCUACUAUGUGUUCAAACACAGGCUAGUAUUACCUCCUCAUGAACAUCAUGGCUGUGCAGAGUCAGAAUGCAAAUACCAAAACCUGGAUUCAUGAAUGUUAAAGUGGUUUGAGACGAGAGUUUAAUGGAGAAGAUCGUAGGUGAGAAAGGCAGGAUGAGAUCAAACACAUUUUUCACCCCGCCCACAAAAUGAGCGCUGCUUGCAUUUUUUGCUGCACAUUUGUCAAACUUGCAACCACCUCUGAUGAUCUUUAAAAGUCAAACCCAUAGCUGAAGUGUCCUAAACAGUUUAUUUUCCAUUUUCUGAUGAAGUCAAAAAUUUUGAUGCAAAAUUUCUGUUAGUUUUAAUUCUGUCUUUUAGAGAAACAAACAAAAAUUGUCAAACAAAAAAAAUGUUUUUGGAACUGAAGGGCUCUUUCUCCGCAACAUGGACCCUACAUUCUGCUCAGAACCAGGAGGACGUGGAUCAUCUCCUGUUCCAGUCUCUUCCUACAGCAGCGGUCGCUUCUGAAGCUGAAGCCCACUGUUGCUGUACGAUACCAAAAUGGUUAUUUCUUUCUUGAAUUGAAAUAUUCUUCUUUGCCUUCUUUCUUUACAAAACAAGGCUGAUAUGUUCUAUGAGAUUGAUCAAUUAUUUUAUUUUAAUAUACUUUAGGCAUCAACCCUUCAAAUGAAAAGCGAAGGUUAAUUGUGUUCUGCGUUAAAGCAAACUAAAUGACCUCUUAAACGUGAUUGUAAAACCGUAGUCUAGUGAUGGUAACAGAGCAAACAAGUGGAGUUUAUUUUUAAUCUUUAUUUACAGAAUUUUUGUAUUUAAACCAACAUAUUUGUAUUGUAAUUACAUUGUAUAAAAGAUAAAUAAAGUAAUAUAAUAUUAUAUCUGCUUAUAUUUUCUAGGUGUUAGAUUUAAAAUAUCUAUUUGUAUUUUUUUAAUCUUUUUUUUGUUCCUCGACUUCAUGUUUUCCAUCAUUCUGCCCAAUAUGUUUAUUGUUUUUAUUCUUUUGCUGCAUAUUAAAUAACAUAAACGCAUA